AUGGGCUGCUCUAUUUCUAACAGGGUUGCUGUCACACAGCUGUCUUCUGAGGAGCUACAGAACCACCAGGAUGCCAAAAGCCAGACUGAAAGUGUCAGCAUUGCUGGAGCAGAGGAUGGCCCAGGGCAGCCAACGAGCACUUCAAACGAUGGAGCCAUGUGUGAAGAUGAGAUCAGCAAGGGAGACUCCUCUGAGGAACCACCAGAAAGAUUUAUAUCUUCUCAGAACAGCAGCAAUGCACAAAGCACAGAUCCGCUGCUCACCAGCAAGUUCAUCAGUAAAUCAUGGCCCUCACAGGAAACAGAGAGGCAAAAGUCAGCAGACAUUCUUGAGGAGCUGAGGAUACAGGGAAUAAUCAAGAGCCAAAGUACCACUGCCAGGUCUGGAGAAGUGUAUGAAAACAAGAGAGAUGUCCUGGAACAGACACUGAAGAAACCACCGGCUAGGCUGGAAAAGCUUCCAUUUGGAAACACAGAAGUGGGUGAUUUUACAGUGAAGGACAAGAAGACUUCUGCUUAAGUGGAAAAAAAAGUUAGGGAAGAAGAACUGAACAGAAUGCCACACAUGUCACAUUUUUUUUACCCAGCAACUGGUCACAAAGCUACAGGAAAACAGACUGAAAAAGACCACCCAAGCCUUGAAAGCUGGAGAGGUACAGACCCUCCUCAGCCCUCACCAUGAGAUGGUGAGCCAAGGGUACCAUUGAAAGAAAUAACUGGAGUAGAAGCCACAAAUAAUUACACCAAAGACUGUUGUUGA